GCAGCGCCGAAGGGUCAGGUGCUUUGCGCUGGGACUCGGUGCAGGUGAGGCAACGGGAUCCGCCAGCUCCCCUUGCUCCUGCCACCCCUUGGCCCCAACAGCUCCAGGACAGACCCGAUCGCAGCGCGGGAUUACCUGAUGCUGAGCUGAUCAAGGGCUUUGAAGAUGAUUCUGAAGUUUCUCGUGGUGUCUUGCACGCUGUCUGCCCUAUCUUAUUCAGCUACGUUUUCCCUCCACCCUGAGCAGCAGAAGGUUCUAGUCGUUUCGUUUGAUGGAUUCCGCUGGGAUUACAUCUAUAAAGUUCCGACACCUCAUUUUCAUUAUGUCAUGAAAUACGGUGUUCACGUGGAGCAAGUCACUAAUGUUUUCAUCACAAAGACCUACCCCAACCAUUACACUCUGGUCACUGGUCUCUUUGCAGAGAACCAUGGGAUUGUUGCAAAUGACAUGUUUGAUCCUAUUCUGAACAAGUCUUUCUCCCUGGAGCACAUGAAUAUUUAUGACUCUGAGUUUUGGAAAGAAGCCUUACCAAUAUGGAUCACGAACCAGAGGGCAGGGCACGCUAGUGGCGCGGCCAUGUGGCCGGGGACAGACGUAAAGAUCCAUGAGACUUACCCUACCUACUACCUACCUUACAAUGAGUCUGUUUCCUUUGAGGACAGAGUUGCCAAAAUCAUUGAAUGGUUUACAGCCAAGGACCCCAUCAAUCUCGGCCUUCUCUACUGGGAAGAGCCUGAUGACACAGGCCAUGAUGUGGGCCCUGACAGCCCUCUCAUGGGGCCUGUUAUUGCGGACAUUGACCGCAAGUUAGGGUAUCUGAUUAAGAUGCUGAAAAGGGCAAAGUUAUGGAAUAAUGUCAACCUAAUCAUCACGAGUGACCAUGGGAUGACCCAGUGCUCCAAACAGAGGGUGAUAGAACUCGACCGCUAUCUGGACAAAGACCACUAUACCCUGAUUGACCACUCACCUGUAGCUGCCAUCCUGCCAAAAGAAGGUAAAUUUGAUGAAGUCUAUGACGCACUGGCCAGUGCCCAUCCUAAUCUAACAGUCUACAAAAAGGAGGAGAUUCCGGAAAGAUGGCAUUACAAGCACAAUGACCGCGUCCAGCCGAUCGUAGCGGUGGCCGACGAAGGGUGGCAUAUUUUGCAGAAUAAGUCAGAUGAUUUCCUGUUAGGCAACCAUGGUUAUGAUAAUGCAUUAGCAGAAAUGCAUCCAAUAUUUUUAGCCCACGGUCCUGCCUUCAGAAAGAAUUUCACAAAAGAAGCCAUGAACUCCACAGAUCUGUACCCACUGCUCUGCCACCUCCUCAAUAUCACCGCCCUGCCACACAAUGGAUCAUUCAGGAAUGUCCAGGAUCUUCUCAGUUCUGCAACUCCAAAAGCAAUUCCUUACACACAGAGUACCACACUCCUCCUUGGUAGUGACAAGCCAGGAGAAUAUGAGCAAGAGGAGUCGUACCCUUAUUACAUAGGCAUCACUCUUGGCAGUGUUAUAGCCAUUGUAUUCUUUGUAGUUCUCAUUAAACAUUUACUCCACAAUCAAGCGCCAGCUUUACAUUAUAUGCAGAUCGAAGUUGCCCAGCCAUUGCUACAAGCUUAGUGCUUCUUUGACAUGGAAUUGCGUAUUGAAGUGGAGGUUGCAAAAUCAUAUCAGUGGUGACCCUUCAACUUCUAGGAAGCUAGCUGCAGACAUCUGCCUAGGCCAUCAAGCAGUUAAUUCGUAUGUGGGCACAGUCACACGGACAUACAUGCACACACAGAUCGAAACACUCCUGCCUGCAAAUGAUCAAAGGCGUAAGAGUACCCCUCCGCGGCUUUUUCUGGCGUAGUAGGUAGAUCAUGCCCUAUUUGGGGUUGGCACACAUAAUGUACAUACUUAACAACUUUGCACAAUUGAAAGUACCGAAGAUGUUGUACUUUACGAUGCUACUAUGUACUUUUCCUCUGAAAUGCACUUUAUAACUCUGUCUAGUAACUUGGUUGAAAACGACAACCUUUUGCAUCUCUCUCGCCAAAUACUAGCAUUUCAUGUACAGACUGAAGGAAGUUUCUAGCAAUUCCUGAAUAACGUAGAAAUCUGUCUCCUUAAGUGGGAGGAGGAGGAGAAAAUGAAAGUGCUGAAGAGUGGGAUCAAGUUUGUAGCCUGCAUUUUGGAGCCAUGCGUUUCCAUCAGCGGGUUGCAUUGUGGGCAUUUCUAGCUAUACUUCCUCACCAAGGACCAAAGUUUUCAUUUGCUUCUUCCCUCCUAUAGAUUCAAAUACUGAAAGAUGCAUUCUAAAGAUCUUGUUUCUAUACAUUGGUUAUUGCUCCUUGUUGAUGAAUUCCUGGUUCCAUAAUGAGGAUGCCAUGUGCAUAGAUUUCUUUUCUGUGUAGUAUAGCAGUGGCCUGAAGAGCAGGGACCAGACAGCAUCUCUGCAGUGUUUUGGUUUUUGUUUUUGUUUUUGUUUUUUUUUUCUUGCCUGUCAUUAUUUGCUUCUCUGAAAACAACACUAUUAAACACAUUAAAAAUCAAGUGAGAUUUAACAAAAUA